AUGCCUUCUCCCGUUUCCAAGGAUGAUCACGCCCGCGAAGAUGAAGAGAUUCCUCAAGUCGCAUCCGACCUUAUCGAGGUCAACGUAGACAAUCAAGAAUCUGGCAAGCACGCUGACAAUGGCCUGUCUCUGGAAUUGAACACCAACCCCAAGCCUAGCGAUGAGGCCCCCAAGAAGCGAGGCCGUCCGUCGAAAAAGGGCAAGAAGCUCCCAUCCACCCCCAUCAAGACAUCUUCCCCAGUCCUCGAGAAGAUGUCAUCCAAGAAGGCAACACCCACGGUUGUUCGUCUCAGCGAAGGCGAUAAUGAUGAAGAUGACAGUGGCAAUGAUAGCGGCGAAGUCAACGUUGAGUUCGAUCUUCCGGCCAUCUCUGAAUUAUUUUCCAAGGAAAAGCGUGCCCGCGAGCUCUCGGAAGAUGAUAACGCUGGCGAGCUCGAAGUUCGCCCCAAGAAGCGAGGCCGCACCUCCAAGAACGUUAAGACUGCCAUUGUAGAGCAAGAAAACGAAGGCUCACAACCCGCCCGCAAGCCGCGUGGCAGACCCAGAAAGUCAGCAUCUGCUGCACAGGCUAGUGAUGGAGCCAAGAAGUCUGCCGAGUCCAUUUCACUUUCGAAAAAGAGUGACAAGAGCGCUUCACCAGCCAAAGUUGGUGACCACGCACCACGACGCUCAAGUCGAGCUGCUUCAGAGUCUGCCAAGGUCAACAUGUCUGAACAAACCAAGAAACAGAAGCAGCCUGCCAUCAAGACAGACUUCCUUUCUUCCAAAGGCAAGAAUAUCACCCAGCAACCUGCUCGUCGCGGCAGAGGUCGUCCCAAGAAGGAGACAUUCUUUGCGGUUGAGAAGCUAGUCAACAAGAAAGUGGACAAGGGCGGAGUGACCAAGUAUCACGUCAAGUGGGAGAAUUAUGCCGAUACAGAGAAUACUUGGGAACCCGUUGAAAACCUCAAGGGCUGCAUGCAUCUCGUCGAGGCAUACGACAAGAAGGAGGCUCGCAAUGCCAAACGACCCAAGAAGACGAAGAAAGCCUAA